AUGUUCGAGGCGAAUGAUUCCGAGGGGAAUCAUCAUUGGAACCUUUUUGGUCUUGGGGCCGGGCGCGCGCGCGCCAUAUACCGGCACUUAUCGAGACACACAGGCACUGGGGUCAAUGGAAGCCGGGCGCGCGCGCCCGGGGUGACCAGUUGGCGGGACCCUUGGGGGGGCAGACCGGCAGGCGGGCAGGAGGGAGGCCAGGGGCCGGCGCCGUUGGCCAGGACCGGCCUGCGCGCGCGCGCGAGACGGCGCGAGUUGACCAAGUCCCUUGCGGCCCAAGCAACGGGCGAACCUGAGAGGCCCACUUUGUAUGGGCGCGCGGGUUGA